GAUAUGGAUUUUAUCUCGGAAGGAGAAAAAGUGGGUCACAAGGGAGGCGGUGCGAUAGUGCGCACGCUUCGAUUAUCGAUUGAAGCGACGUUACAUUCGUUCGAGUCUGUACGCUAGAUCUCAUUUAUACGAAGGUAGUGGCCACGAAAAGAUGCGGUGAAAUUUGGCGCGUCAACGAAAGAGAGAAAGAGAGAGAGAGAGACAGAGAGUGAGAAAGAGAGAGAGAGAGAGAGAGAGAGAGAAAAAAAUAUACUCCCUCGCGAAAUCGGCCAUUUUGACAGCGUUGAGAGAUACCUGCAGGAAAAACGACUCUAGGAUCUCACUUCUGUGGCAGUUACCCUCGAGGAUUGCGCGCGUGAGGGGGCGGCGGUGGUAGUGGUAUUGGUGUGCGUGCUGGUGCUGCUGCUACUGCUGCUAUUAUUGUUGUUUCAACUUCUAGUAUUAAUACUGUUAUCGAAGGUAGUGUGUCGAUUCUGUGUCAUUAUUGUCGUAGAGAAGUUAAACAUAAUAAGAUCAGAAUCAAGGUAAAGAGAUCAUCGUAUUCCUUAACGUGGAGUGAAUUCGUGAUAGGAUCUAAAGAAAGAAAAAAAUGGCUGGAAAUACGGGUAUGGAACAACUGAUCCCGAUCGUGAACAAGCUGCAAGAUGCAUUCACGCAACUCGGGGUCCACAUGCAACUUGAUUUACCACAAAUCGCGGUAGUGGGCGGUCAGAGUGCGGGAAAAAGUUCCGUACUCGAAAACUUUGUUGGCAAGGAUUUCUUACCAAGAGGUUCUGGUAUUGUAACUAGAAGACCACUCAUCUUACAAUUGAUUAAUAGCACUACGGAAUUUGCAGAAUUUUUGCACUGUAAAGGCAAGAAGUUCGUGGACUUUGAUGAAGUAAGAAAAGAAAUAGAAUCUGAAACAGAUAGAGUAACUGGCAGUAAUAAGGGUAUUUCUAAUAUACCUAUAAAUUUGAGAGUAUACUCUCCCAAUGUUCUCAAUCUUACAUUGAUUGAUCUACCUGGUCUUACAAAAGUGCCAAUUGGAGAUCAACCAGUUGAUAUAGAAGCUCAAAUUAAAGCAAUGAUUUUUCAAUUCAUUAGAAGAGAAAAUUGUCUUAUAUUGGCAGUUACACCGGCUAAUACCGACUUGGCAAACAGUGAUGCUCUUAAACUUGCUAAAGAGGUUGAUCCACAAGGUGUACGUACUAUCGGAGUUAUUACUAAAUUGGAUCUUAUGGAUGAUGGUACUGAUGCAAGAGAUAUCUUGGAGAAUAAGCUGUUACCUUUGCGAAGAGGCUAUAUAGGUGUUGUUAAUAGAAGUCAAAAAGACAUUGAAGGGCGUAAGGAUAUCAAAAAUGCUUUAGCAGCUGAAAGAAAAUUUUUUCUUAGCCACCCGUCUUAUCGACACUUAGCAGACAGAUUGGGUACACCGUAUCUGCAACGAGUUUUAAAUCAACAACUUACAAAUCACAUAAGGGAUACCCUUCCUGCCUUACGAGAUAGAUUACAAAAACAGCUUCUUACACUGGAAAAAGAUGUUGAACAGUAUAAACAUUUUAGACCAGAUGAUCCUGCUAUUAAAACAAAGGCUAUGUUACAGAUGAUACAACAACUUCAGUCAGAUUUUGAACGGACUAUAGAAGGUUCUGGUUCAGCGCAAAUUAACACAAAUGAACUUAGUGGGGGAGCAAAAAUAAACAGAUUAUUUCACGAACGUUUUCCAUUUGAAAUUGUUAAAAUGGAAUUUGAUGAAAAAGAACUCAGAAGAGAAAUUGCUUUUGCUAUCAGAAAUAUUCAUGGUAUUAGGGUAGGAUUAUUCACACCAGAUAUGGCCUUUGAGGCAAUAGUCAAGAAGCAAAUUAACAGGCUUAAAGAGCCUAGCCUAAAAUGUGUGGACCUAGUCAUACAAGAGCUUGGUAAUGUUGUUCGUAUUUGUACAGAUAGGAUGUCACGUUAUCCUAGAUUAAGAGAAGAAACGGAACGUAUUAUAGCUACUCAUGUUCGACAACGUGAACAAAUGUGUAAAGAGCAACUAGUACUUUUAGUGGAUUGUGAGCUUGCCUAUAUGAAUACAAACCAUGAAGAUUUUAUCGGUUUUGCCAACGCGGCGGCCAGUAGCCAUAAUGCAAGUGCUCAGCAAUCAUCAGAAAAUGCAGUUAAAGCUGGACGACAUAUUUUAGGCAACCAAGUAAUACGUAAAGGUUAUAUGUGUAUUCAUAAUCUUGGUAUUAUGAAAGGAGGAUCCAGAGACUAUUGGUUUGUUCUGACCUCUGAAAGUAUUUCUUGGUUUAAAGAUGAAGAGGAACGUGAAAAGAAAUAUAUGCUACCUCUUGAUGGUUUGAAACUACGCGAUUUAGAACAAGGCUUCAUGUCUCGGCGAUAUCUUUUUGCAUUAUUCAAUCCAGAAGGAAGGAACGUUUAUAAAGAUUUUAAACAACUUGAAUUAAGUUGUGAAACUCAGGAUGAUGUUGAUUCUUGGAAGGCUUCGUUACUCAGAGCUGGAGUAUAUCCUGAAAAAUCAACAGAGCAAGCAAAUGGAGAAGGAGAGGAAGGAUAUGAGGGUGGUACAGAAGGUCAAUCUUCGAUGGAUCCUCAGUUAGAACGUCAAGUAGAAACAAUUAGGAAUCUAGUAGAUUCUUACAUGAAAAUUGUUACAAAAACUACCCGUGAUCUUGUUCCAAAAACAAUUAUGCAUCUUAUUAUUAAUAAUGCAAAAGACUUUAUUAAUGGAGAAUUAUUGGCACAUCUUUAUGCGAGUGGUGAUCAAGCAUCUAUGAUGGAAGAAUCUCCUGAAGAAGCACAGAAAAGAGAAGAAAUGUUACGCAUGUAUCAUGCAUGUAAAGAAGCUCUUCGUAUUAUUGGAGAUGUUUCAAUGGCUACAGUAUCAACACCAGUACCACCACCAGUGAAGAAUGAUUGGUUAGCUUCUGGAGAAAAUCCGAGUCUUGGGUUAUCGCCACCAUCUCCUGGUGGGCCAAGACGUGGAGUGACACAGCCACCACCUCUUUCUAGUUCACGAGUACCACCGCCUGUUCCUGCCAGUGGGCGGCCAGCACCAGCAAUUCCUAAUCGACCUGGACCUGGUGGACCACCGCCAGCUCGAGCUAAUCCAGGCCUACCACCACCACUUAUUCCAUCGCGCCGACAAUAAGUCUUCGCACUAACACGCCUAUUCGCUACUAAUCUAUAUAUAUAUAUGUAUAUAUACAUAUAUAUAUGUAUACAUAUGUAUAUAUAUGUAAUAUAUAUAUAUAUAUAUAUAACAUAUAUUUGUUGCAUCUAUCAGUGUACAUUUUACACAAGACAUUAUUUGUUAAAAUAACUCUAUUUCCUGUACGAUGUAUUCGUGUAUCGGAAUAUAUUAGAUAAUAAUACAGUCAAUAAAAAGUGGAGUGUUUGCUCAUAUGAAUAUACAAUAAACAUUAUUAAAGGAUUCAUAUUUUAUUAAAUUAAUAAAAACUAAGUUAAAAGAAAUUUCCAAAAUUGUCAUAGUUCUUAUUGUAUAGUGUUAAUUUUUCAUAUAUUUUACUCUCUAUUCAAAAUGACUGUGCAUGAAAUGUAUGCAAUAAAUUAUAUACUUUUUUAUUUCAUUUAUCUUUCUGAUAUUGAAAAAGAAAAGAAUAUAAUUUUAAACUCGUAACUCAUUGUUGCUUCCCAAAAAUAUAGUUUAUAUAAUGUAUAUAUAGAGAUGGGCAUACCUCCACUUAUAACUUUGUUCUAGCAUUAGUACAAAUUACACAUUCCUAGAAAAGAGGAAUGUCAGGCAGGAUUGUUCUUGUUUCAUUGUAAAUUAGUUUGGAGAAUUGUACAUGAUAUAUGUAUAUAUGAUUAAAAACAUCUUAUAAUAAAUGAUUUUGUGCUGAUGAAAUUAGAUAAACAUUCAUUCACUUGCUAACAGCAUGACAUUUUGGGGCUAUGGGCGAUAAUAGAAUAGAAAAACUUAUGUCUAUAAUAUUUUAGUAUCAUCACAUGUAUCUCUACGAACACUACUACAUAAAUGUCUCGUCUAUCAAAAACUAAAUCAUAAUACCUAUAUCUAAAUAUAAACUAAAUAUUCAUUUUAAAGAAGCUUAAAGCUCCUUCUCACGCUAUGACGUCAGUGUUAUGUAAAGCAUGAUGCCGACGUGAAACCUGUCAAUUACGAUGUAAAGGACAAAUAUAUGUCGGUGCCUGCAUUGAAAUUUCUUAAUAAAUAAAACUGAUGAGAUAAAUGAUACCAAACAUAAAACAUUGAAAUAAGCACAGAAAAAAAGAAGAAAGAGUAAAUUAAUUUAAUAAUUAUUGAAGCUAUGCAUACUGAAAGAUUACACAUACUUCUCAGGACAUUCAACAAAUAAAAAAUAUGUAUAUGUAUAUAUAUGUGUAUAUAUAUAUACAUAUAUAUAUA